AUGAGGUCAAUAAUAAAGCUAUUUCAGCUUAUUUUGCUCUCAUAUCAUAUUAAAGCUUUACCAUCGUUCCAAAAGAAUAGUAUAUUUGGAUUUUGCACAGAUAUGAAGUUUAAGUACAUAAUCGAUGGAAAAAUUUGCGCUGAAAGAUGUCCAUCUCAAUUCAUUGAAGAAUCUUCACCUUUUGCCAAAUGCAAUCUACCAGUAUCACCCAAAUUAUUUGAGCUUGAGUUUUGAAAAGCCCAAGACUUAUCAGCGCCUUCUAUCCAAAGCUCAAAUAACCAUAUUUUUUAA